AUGCGAGCAGCCUCCGAGGCAUCGGAGGCGGCAGCGGAGGAGCCGACAGAGAGCAAGAAGGAGAAGAGCUUCAUGGACAAGUUCGGUGUGAUCAUCUACAUCGUGUUGUGGUAUGCCUUUAACAUUGGCUACAACAUCUACAACAAGAAAGCAUUGAUUUCGUACCCCUACCCCUGGGCGUGCGCACUUUGGCAGAUGUCCUUCGGAUGGCUGAUUUUCGUGCCUCUUUGGAUCCUGCGCAUCCGCAAGACUCCGAAGCUCACCGUUUCCCAAGCCGUGACGCUGGCGCCCUCCGCGUUGGGCCACCUGGCGACGCACGUGGGCGCGGUUAUCGCCUUCUUUGCUGGGGCGGUCUCCUUUGGCCACAUCGUGAAGGCCUCUGAGCCGGUGGUCUCCUCCUUCCUGAACUUCGCCUUCCUCGGCGAGGUGAUGCCUUGGCAAGUGUACGCUUCCCUGCUUCCCAUCAUCGGUGGUGUUGGCCUGGCAAGCGCUUCGGAGCUGUCCUUCAACUGGCUGUGCUUCGGGGCGGCCAUGGGCUCGAACUUGGGAUCUGCAUCCCGCGCAGUCUACAGCAAGAAGGUCAUGAGCGGGGGCGACAUUGGUGAGAACAUGGACUCAGCGAACGUGUAUGCAGUUCUGACCAUCAUGGCGACCUUCAUGCUGAUCCCAAUCUCCCUUCUCAUCGAGGGGCCAAGCGCCAUGCUGAAAGGCUUCAAGAUUGCUUACUCCGCAGGAGGCAUGUCCUUCAUGUGGCAGAUGAUCCUUAGUGGCUUCUACUACUACAUGUACAACGAGGUGGCAUUCCUCGCGUUGGGCAAGCUGGACCCAGUGUCCCACGCCGUGUGCAACACCAUGAAGCGAGUGGUGAUCAUCAUCACUGCCAUCUUCGUCUUCCGGAAUCCGGUGACGGGCCUUGGCGUGCUGGGCAGCAGCAUUGCCAUCCUAGGCACUCUGAUCUACUCCCUGGCCAAGAACAAGUACGCGAAGCCGCUGAGACUGUUUGGGCAGAGGGGGGGGGGUGGGGCUUGGGAGGUUUCGGCCAUCUUCAUUCGGCCCUCCGGCCCGGAGACCAGAGACUAG